CCGCAUUCGGUGUACCCGACCUCGGCACGUAUCAAGCGCACGGUAGUACGAAAAUCACUCGGAUUACCGUACGCUCGAUACUCUCGCCGAUCUGCUCCUGUUCGUUUUAGCUGGAGUGUAAAGCCGAACUACAGCUGGCUGUUGUUGACAAGAAUCAAGAAGUGUUGACAUUUAAAUUAUUAUAGGUUAGGCUUUUUUGUUUGUUUUUGUUUAGUAGAACUUAGAACUUUCAACUUGUUACUUAAUUUAAAAUAUAAUUAACUCCAAUUAUAUAAAAUAUAUAUACGUUUUUGAUUGCUUCAGCAAAUUUUCUAAUGUCUCAAUGUUGUUUCGAUGAUUUGUCCACUGAAUUAUUAAUUUACAUUUUCAAUUUUUUGGAUGUACGAGACUUGAGUCGAUUAAGACUGAUUUGUAGGAGAUUCCGAGAUGUAAUCAAUGCUUGGGAUAGUGUACUAAUUAAAACCACGACAGUAGUAACCAACCAAAAUAGUGACAAAUUUUUAGCCAGAUGUUUCACCAAGAUACCAACAAAAUUAGAAAAGUUAAGGCUGCAAAACAAUUGGAAAUAUGGCAUGUAUAACGAAAAGAAUCUUUUCUAUGUUAGAAAAAGAUACAUGCCAUGGCUAAAAUUAGACAAAGAUUACCUGUGGUUCAGCCGAGGUUCGAAAAUUUUUAAUUACAAGCGAGACAGAGAAUGUAUAAUCAAUUCUAAGCCUAAUUAUGUUUUAACGCCUCAAUAUCGUCAUAGCUGUGUUAAUGUAGGAUUUUCGUCUAUUGAUGUUACUAAAUUUACUGUUCAAGAUGAUAUUUUGGUAGGCGGACUCAGUGAUGGAGGAGUUUACGUUCAAAAUCUCAUCAACAAAAAUGAUUUCUAUAUCGAUAAAGACGAACAUACAUUCACUUGUUCGGUUGAUAUUUCUCCUGAUGGACUGGUAGUAGCUAGCGGAAUGAGAAAUGACUGUUUUAAAAUAUUUUCACUACAUCGAGAUCCUUUAGAAUUAACUUUAAUACAUACCCAGGAAUUAGGUCAGAGAGCUUGGUGUGUAUCAUUUUGCGAAGAACGACCCAUAUUUGCGUGUGGUACAUCUGCAGGAGGUGAUAGCAGGAAAUCAAUAUUGUUAUUUGAUACUGAUAGGUAUACAGAGAUUAUGAAUUUAAAACUCGGUCAUUUUAUAUCUGCAACUUUGGACAUCAAAUGGGAUGGCCCCAAUGGUAUAUGGUCUUGCGGUAAUGAUAGUCAUUUAAGAAGAUGGGAUUUAAGAACUGGUAACUGUGAACAAAAGUUUCACGACGCAUUUGGUGCCGGUUUAUACUGUUUAGAUUAUGACUACUGCAACAGUAUUAUGGUUGGUACGUAUCUACAUGGAAGGGUUGCUUUAUGGGAUGUACGGACUAAAAGAUGUGUACAGUUAUACUUCACGAGGUCUUGUAAAGGAACCACAUUGAAUUCGCCAGUUUACAGCCUCUCCUUCGAUUCCGAGUACUUAUUUGCUGCAGUGGAUCAAAAUUUAAAUAUUAUGGAUUUCAGCAACUACGAAUAUAGACAAAAGAGGGAUUAUGUCAAAAUACUUGAAGAGACUAAAGUGGGUUAGGUUGUGAACCUUGACAAUUUCUAAUGCAAAAUAGAUUAUUUAUUUAUUAUUUAUUAGUAUAUUUUCAAGUGAUAAGCUGAAUGCUUAAAGCAAAAUUGAUGUAAUACAUACAUACAUACUGUUACUAAGAAUAAAUAAAUCCUGCAAUUAUUUUUGUUUCCCACUAAUUUAUUAAGGCAUUUGCUACAUUAUUUAUUUCUAAGGUGAGAAAAAAAUAAGCAUACAUUAUUUUGUAGUUACUAUUAGGUGGGUUGGGUGAAUACUUGAAUUGCCUAAUAAAUGUGGUAGGGUUGCAGGGUCUACUGCUCCUUCCAAAUAAAUAAAUACAUUUGUUUCAGGUUAUGCUGGGUUGACUGAAAAGAAUAAAUAAAUAAAUAAACAAGGGAAUGACAUAUAGAAACGAUUUUUAUUGUAAUAUAUUUUUUGUCAAUAAAUAUUAUUGUUAAGUGUAGCUGUAUAAUUUAUUUUACACCUGUGCACUAUAAAUGCCACAACCAACACCUGUUUUUACUUACAAAUUAAUAAGGUACUUAUAUAAUAUAUAAACUUAAAAGUUAAUGUACAACUUUCAAAGACACUUUGUAAAGCUAUGCACUCACAUGAGGACGUACAAUGGCCUAUCAAGGCAGUGCUUCAAUAAUUAAUCUAAUAUCAACAAAGGUUUUCCAUUAAAAACACAGACACACAUAUACAGCGCAUGAAAUUCUCUGAGGAUCUGCAACAAAUGCUUGACCGCCUCUGAAUCACAUCCCAAACUAAGUGCAUCGGAUUGUUCAAUUGGUCCGCAAGUGAGUGCUAGGCUUUAAAAUUAAAAUAAAAAAGCUUAUCUGUACUUUCAAACACAAAUAGCUUUAAAAUUAAAAAAUAAAUAAAUGGAACCAAUUGAAAAAUAAUGUAGUGGUUGCACAUCACAGAUUAUCAUAAAAUUAUUCAACAGCACUUUAAUAUUAAAACAUUUUUGAUUCAUAUGAGUUAUUUAUUAUAUUAGGAAUCUUAACUAUUCUACAAAAAAGGUAUAAAAAGAUAUUCACACAAAUUCCUGUGUGUAAUUUAUAAUCAACUAAUAACAAUAACAUAAACGGUAGAAACCCUCUGGUACUACUUUUUACAAAAAAUAUAAUUGAUGAAAACUUAUAAAUUACCAAUUUGGAACAAGUUAAAUACAUAUUUCGAUUAUUACUUUCUCAACAUAAAUAAUAAGUAUAUAAGCCACUUUUUGUUGUAUUCUUAUUUCUUAACACUAGUAUUACAAUAUGAUUUACUUAUGCACAAUAAUAUUCAUUUAUUUACCUAAUGAUAUUGUCGUGGUAUUGCAAUAAACAGCCUACAGCCCCGAAAUAUCCUUCAUGCUCAAGGAACAAGGCUUUCAUCGAUCCAUUUGACCAAUAGUCCAUGGCGUAAGCUAAAAGCUUCAUCGCUAUAGGAUUGACUCGUAAGAAAUUACCUAUAAAU